UCAUGAUAUUCAUCAGGUAUAUUAUACAAGGUAUAUUUUUCGUAUCGACUCUUUUUAUUUAAUGACAUUCUUCAUAUAUUUCUUAACUUAAACUAUACAGUUAAACGGUACAUUAUUACAGACUUAAGUCCAAGUUCCGUUACUCCUUAUCAAACAGUUCGCCAAGGAAAUGUAGUCUGUACGCAUAGCAUUCAUAAUGGUCUCGAAUUUCACCUCAAGGUCGUGUUAUUUUGAUCGAUCGUGUGAUACUUAAGCAUGCGUUGGACCAAUCAAAGUAGUUCAUAAUCCCGAUACUUACAUGGGUGGUAUGCUGACGUUAGACGCGAUGCAAGAGCGUAUGCGCGAUCUCAUAUAAUUCAAUAAUAUUAAUUCACCUAGGUGCCAAUUUAUAAUUUUAUAUGGGUUAUCUUCAAGAAAUUAAAUGCAGGCUGUAAUUUCACAAACACGAAAGGCUACCUUCCCAGAGUACUGUGAUUUGUGUGAUUACAAUAACUGUCUCUACUGUUAAAGAAAACUCACAGACAGAAGUAAUAUUUUCCUUAAUAUAUUAAAACAAUUUGGGAAGGGACAACCAUAAAAUUGAAAUUGACUUCUUAAUGAAAAUAAACAAGAACUUUUCUUCAUAGCAGAACUUUGGGAACUGAGUUCAUGAGUGAGUUCACAUGUGAACUUACUCGUGAACAGCAUGUACUAAAAUCGCCAUCUCUGGAACUUCAUUUACUAUAGCAUUUUUCAUUCCAACACGUCAAUUUAGAUAUAUAGGAGGACGUUGAAUUUUAUAUUUCACAAAGUUCUACCAAUCACCUCCUCACCUUAAGUUAACCUCGCUUUGAUAUGUCAAAUGGGAACCCUCAUCGCUUGAUAUGUCAUUGUACGCAGCAUUAAAAUGUCUUGUGUACAAUAGUUACUAUAGUUCGCUAAUAGUUCCUUGGGGGGGGAGGGUUGGUUCGGAUAACUAGAUUCCACAGAAUCACGGGGCAUAGGUAUCUAAAGGGUGAACUUAGGACCUGAUUCUUGAUUUAGGUAUUUUUAUUGUUGGCAGCACACCCCUAGCUCAACUAUUGGUUAGAGUUACACCCUGUACUACCCUCGGCCUAUUGUGGUAAGGCGCUUUGUACAGUAUAAGUAUAUGAUAUGGUGACCCAAUACAUGUAUUAAGCAUACUAGUCAUUUUCCUCGAACUUUCUACCCUCCAUCCUCGUACGCCUAUAAUCAAGAAGCCAGAGAAGCUAACUGGCUCUCUAAUCAACGAAGCUGCGGAGGAACCUCCUUAUCUGAGAGGAGUUGAAGGUCCACCGAACCAAGUCGACUGGAUGGCGUGACACUUUUAUUUAUUUAUACAGUGUGUCUCAGUUUUGCUCUUAGAGCCCAGUAGCUUCAGAAGACGAGCUGUGUCUGCGAGAGAUUCCAUCUCUCCACAGAACUUGUGACAGUCCGUCGCUUUUACAGCGUCAGACUUAUCAUUCAAUUUCCUUGGAGCUGUCAAGUAUACAUCCCCAUUCUCUUGAGUUCCCUUUUUAGAGAGAGCGCGAUGGUGCGACCUUAGGUCUUUAUUACGUUUUUUUUAAGGACGAUCCGGACGAUUCUCUUGCGGCUAACUCUCCUGAGAAGAUAUGCUGCCUCGUAAAAAUUGAUAAUAAUACUGUUUAGUCUUACUACCUCUGUAUCUAGUACCUCUUAAGAGGAGAUGGCUUCACCUAGAGUUACCCAUGGAUUCAACUAGACCCUCUUAAAAUUUGAUCGAGUCGGUGGUCCUUGGUUUUCUCUUCUCUCUUGGAGCGCUUCCUCCUUAUCCGAAGCAAUUUUGAAUCGGAUUAUCCUAUGGUCGGACAUAGUUAUGUCCUGUGAUGAGCCUCAAGUUUUUAACCCUAUCUGCAAAUGACAGUGUUUUUAUUAUGUAAUAUCGAUAACCUCUUGUUCGGUUAAUAUAAAUGUUUUUUUUAAUUUUAUUAAAGAAAUGAAAUCUUAUUCUUAGUUAAAAGUGACUACUAACUCAAUAGUUACUAUAGUGCCUCACUAUUUAGUCCGUUCUUUUACGUAAUAAGCCUUUUAACCAUUACAAGAACUGUUGCAAAUAAACAUAGUGCUGUAAAACAAUGAUACAGAAAACAUCAAGGGGAUAUUUACUGAUCGACUUCUGCAGUAUGUGGUUGGAAAGGUCGCUCAAAUUAUGGAUAAUAAGUACGCCAGCAAAUUAAAUGAGCAAGAGAUGUAUAUAGCUAAUCUGCAGCAGAAGGUAAUUAAAUAAAAAAUGCCAACCAAGAAAUGGCAACGUCCCUUCUCCCCAUGAAGUGAAGGUUAAGCCUUCCGGUCGCCUCUUUCAUCCCCAGAUGUUGCUGGCUGGGGAAGCGUAAUGCCUUGUUUUCUAUGUCCAGGAUCUUCGUGACAUACUCUAAGUCUGGCCGCUCCAGUGUCAGAGUAAAGACUAUCUCCACCGACCAUGGGGGGUCAGAUGUCUUCACCGCAGUAAAGAUGUGACCCCCGUCCGUCAGUGGUUAUCAGGAGCUAAGAAGCCAGUCUUUUGAAGGGUCUUCCUCUGCUGUGAUUAUAAACCUGACUCUAGAGAAACGGAUUUUCAAAAGUAGAGCUCGGCCUUGGUACUCCUUAUAUCACGUCCGUUUCCUUUUUGCCACCACUUUCCACCUUUUUUUGUCCGACCCAAAAAUGACCUAGUUUGUCUUGUUGACUGCCCCGCUGUCGAAGCCAGAAUGGAUGCCUGGUGGAUGUCUUGACUGGGUGUCCUAGGUUUCCUUAAAAGGGACGACAUACCUGUCUGGUCAUCCUUUUAGAGGAUAGCUUUGUUCUGUUGCCUAGGCUUCUUGUGCUGACGGCCAGUGUUUUGAAUUCGCCUCUUUUUGCUAGGGGUACCUGUGAUGGGUGUCACCUAAUUGCCUGUAGGAUGAUUGGCUUCAGGUUUUCCGCUUCUCGCCCUGCAUUUCUUCACGCCCCUUCAGUAGGUGGUGACUCUCCGGAUGUUGUCUGCUGGUCGAGACUUUCGUGUUGUGCUGGGAAUAGCCUUAUACAAAAGUUCAACCGUUGGUCCCUUCUGGUUGGUUUCACAUUAUUCCUUCUUAUUCUAUUUUUUCUAUUUCCGUCUCUUCGAGCGGUUGCGAUUUUUUCUGAUUCUUUUUAUCCUUAAGCCGUUGCAACUUUUCGGCUUCCAUAGCAUAGCCAUCUCUUGCCUGGUCAAAACUUUUUGGAUUUGGUAGAAUCUCCUGUCUUAUAUGUGGGUGUCUUUUUCACCGAUCUUCUUUCCCUCUGAAUACAUGAUUAAUUUAUUAGGUGGUGAUGUAUUGUCAUAUCUUGCACAUAGUGGAUCUACUUAUCUGUGUGUAUCUAAGUGUUAUGUUAGGGUAAUGUAUCUGAGGAACUAAAAAAAAUUCGCAUGACCACCCUCAUGGGGGAGACGAGUUAACCUGCUCAAUAUUUUCCGAUCAAGAGAUAGAACCCUACAUACACUUAGAAUUAACUUAAAUUGUAGCUUGCUAAAUAAAGUUAAAUUUUAUUUAAUGGCAAAAAUAUCAUGUUUCAUUUUUAAAUAUUGCACUAUUCAUACCACCAAUAUGAGCUACCUUAAAUUCAAUAUUCUGUAGGGAGAUAGAAUACAUUAUAAUAGCACUUCGCUCUCUCCUCCAUAUUAUUUUGGUGGAUUUUUUUUCUUAAAUACAAACAAUAGAUAUUUGUUCUCAGAAGACACUCUGAAUCUGCGUUAUCUAAUCUCGCAGUAUGAGGAGUAUGGGGAGUUAUUUGGUCAUUAGGUAUCAAAGUUUAUAUUACUAUUUGAUCUAGUUGGUAAUUAUGAUUGAUUGUUUGAUAAUUAGUGAUUCCUUAUGAAUAUAUUUUACGACAGAUAAAAUGUAUAGCGUUUCGAAAUCUACCAAAGAUAUCAAGUGAAAACUUCAUCGGUCGAAAACAUUAUUGGCUUAUUAUAUACAAUCUUAAAAAACUGCUUUUGCAGACUUUUGAUUUUUUUCAUAAUAUUUAUUAUAACCACCUCCCCAGAUAAAUCCACCAUAAUUUAAAACCGACUCCACUAGUACUUGAUAUAUUUGCUUAAGUUUUUUUUUGGUACUAAGAAGAUUAUUUCGAAUAUGGUUGCUCCUAGCGACUUUAAUAAGAUAUACAUUUCUUAUGUAAAAUUAAAAAAGGAAUUUAUUUUGAUGCUUUUUAAACCGAUAUACGGAACUGAAAAAAAGUUAUGGGUUCUAAAAAAAUAAAAACCAAUGCAACGAGUGCCCUCUACCGAAAACACGAAAACUGUAUACGAAAUUUUAUUUUUUUUUAAAAGACUCGUAUGUUCUAAAUUUUAUGUCAGUAUGUCAUUUGAUUUAGGACCUGUAAGAAAAAAAUGAUAAAUCAAAUAAUACUUUGACACCCUGUAUUUCAGUUACUAUUAAAGUUAGGAUAAUGCAAGUUGACCUCAAUUACAUUAUUUUGACUUAAGGAUUUUACUGUUGUUCUAUGACCUAUUACUUUCGGGACACUCAUAUAUCAAGAAAAAUUCUGGUCCCAAAAUUGUUCCCUGUGGAAUUCCCAUUUGUAAGACCUUCUCUGCGCCUGUGAAACCGAUUAAAACUCUCUGUUUUCAAUCAGUUAAAUAUUGUUUGAUAAGUUCUCAGGCCACACCCCUGACGCCGUACCAAUCCAUCUUUAUUAGUAGCCUGUCAUGAGAUACAGUAUCGAAAGCAAGAGGCUCUUGACCUAAAUUAAAGAGUCUAAACGUCGCUUUUUUUAGCUAUUUCUUCUUCUUCUCCUUCUUUUCGACUUUUUUUUAUAACUCCGAUUUAAAAAGACUAUCAAUAGCAAUUAUUGAUUUUUUAACCGUUUUUUCUUAGUUGUACUAUUGUUAUUUUUUCUAGUUUGUACUUCGCUUUUGGAAAUGGUUGUAUUGAUGAGAGUGGAAUAAAUUCAUUGCGGACGUGCAUCUAUAGUUACUGGAGAACCUAAUAAGGUAGUCACUAUUGCUAAAGCCUAUAAUUUUUCGUCGUUUCGUCUUUCAUUAUUACAGUACUCGAGUUGGAAGAAGUUGGUAGUGUAUGUAAUUUUAAAGACGUCUUGCUAGAGGUUCUGAUAUAAUUAAAGUAUUAGAAGUAUUUGGCAAGGACUGUAAGGUAGAAAGUGCAAUCGAUAUAGUAGCUGUGUUAUUUUGCGAGAUAUUUAGUUCCCAUGACGUAAAUGGAAGGUUAAUAUCAGUCACAGAAGCUGCCGUAAAAUCUUCUUCUGCAAAAGUUUCUUAUUGAUGAAGCAUAUCUCAGAAGAAGCAUUGCUAACUAUCGCACCUUUCUUAAAAGUUGCAACAGAAAGCCUCAUUAACUAGUUGUGCCACCUCUGUUUGCCCAGUAACACGACCUGAGUUGCUACUUAAUUACUUGUUACACUCGUAAGCAUAUUUAAUUUCCACGAUCUAACAAUUGCAUUUUGUAGUUACUGUGUAAUGAAAGCGGAGGUAAAUGCACACUAUUGUUCCGCAUUAUUUAGUAAAUAAUCCCUCAUUUCCUUACGAAGGAAUAUGAAAGCUGGUAGAACAUAACCCUGUAGGACUCAUGGCGUAAACUAAUUACAUAGUCUGAUGUCUCUCAGCUGAAACUAUUUUUUCUACUACUUCUUUACCUUUAAUUGAAAUAACCUUAGGAAUCUUCUUAGGUACAGUAUUAAUCCCACUCUCAUCCAUGUUAGAAAUUCGACUAGGCUUAAACUUAUAUUUAUCUUGAAGACCCUAUAAGUUGUCGUAAAACUCAUUAACUUGAUAACUAUUAAACCUCAUUGCUCUAGCUAUACUAGUUUUCGUGAUUUGUCAUAGUUUUAAGCCAGGGUAUCUCUUUAAAGAACCAUAUACCCAAUUGCGUCCAGCCAUCUUGGAAUACUGAUUAAAACGGUGAGAGAUGAGAUUUGUUUUAGCAUACGCAUAGCUCAGUGUUCUUAAAAUGGUCAUAUUAAGACUGUAAUAGAGAUCAUUACACCUUUUUAGACAAUCAUAAAGCUCAUUUUCUUGCUCCAUAGUGAAUGUCGGAGUUAAUUUGCCUAAUCUAGGUGCAGUUGAGUCAGAUUUCACAAGGUUUUCUGAGAAUACUCUCCUUCAUUGAAACUUCUUCAGCUACUUUUUUACUUAAAUCUUAAGCAAUCAAUCGCUUAGCUAUAUCGAAUUGAGCACUUGUAACGAUAGAUCUAUGUGGUACCUUUCACUUAUAAUUUCAAAGCAUUGUAGGUUUAUAGGCACAACCGUAUGCGCACACUUAACCCAAUCCGUCUGUACAAAAUUAGGAUAAAAUUACACAUUGUUGCGGAAUUGUAUCAAGUUUUGACAUGCAAUUAAUAAAACUAGAUACACAAACAAGAAUACAAACACUAAUAUAUAACAAAUACUAUUUACCGCAACAUAAUUAUAAAAGUAUUUCAAUCGAAAAAAAUCAUAAGAUUUACUUACCACCAAAUUUUUUACUUACCAAUAUUAAUAAAACCACGUAUCCUUGCCAACAAGAUUACACUGAUUACACUCUUUUCUCCUAUGUCGACUAUAUUGACUACUGAACGCAGUCAGUUGUCCUGCUUUAAUAUCAACAGUCUUGUAAAAAAUGAGCCUGUGCACACGUACACACAAGACUAAUUAAAACUCGCUAAUCUUUACGCUUACGGUUUAGUCUUACGCUUACUCUUUAAGUCUAUUUAUUUUAGGUUUUCGUAAAAUUUUUUUUAAUAACAAAUGAAUCUUCAAAAAUAGAUAAAUAUGAACGUGUAUAUAAAUAUAAACAUCUUGAAUUGCAAAAAACUGACUCCAUUAUCAUCGGUAACGAUCGUCGCAAUCGCAAGUAGCAUGUAAAACCCCCUUUACCUGUCAAACUAAUUAAUUCGAAGACAGACAGUUUAAUGACAGACACCGGUUUGUUUUGAAUUUUGGUGUAACCAAGAAUGUAAACAAAUAAAUAGUCUUCUUAAAAAAUCUAAUGACAUCUAACUAAGAGAAGAACAAUAAUGUAAAUUCUACAAAAAAUAAUAAUUUAAAUGCCGUACCGCAUAUUCUCAGGAUUUUAUCAGCGGGUGAAAUGGAAGUAUAUGAGGACAAUAGGGAAGUCCCAGUUGGUAGUUACAAUCCUGAUGAAGGAGGUAGAGGCUGUCGCACUAAAAAGAGGCAAGUAGACCCUACUUGUUGUCCAGUAUGUAGUGUUACUCUCAGACAGACUGAAGUAGAUUCCCAUUUAAAUGUAGAACUAGAAAAAUUAAAUAGAAUCCCCACCGCUAAGAUUAAAGCCAAUGGAAAAAGUACACCUUCAUGCUCUAAUGGAACCACUCCAUCAACAAGCACAUUUGAUCCAGAUAAAAAUUGGGAAACUUUUCAAAAAGUUAAAAAUAAUAGGCAAAAUAGGCUUAGAACCAAAACCAGGAAACGUAAGGCUGAUGAGCAGGCAUGCCCUGUAUGUAAUAAAGAAGUUCAAGAAGAUUUAACCCUUCAUGUAGAGCUGUGCCUAAGAAAGUCUGAGCAAGGGCCAAAUAGUGAUGAUGAAAAUAUUGACAUUGAAUCAUUUGAAGAGUAUGAAUGGGCUGGGCAAAGUAGAGUGAGAGUAACUUCUCUUCUUCCAGGAGGAGUGGCAAGCUUAGGUCAAUCUAUGCAAACUACAGAUGAUGAUGAAGAUCUCAAUGUGGAUGGUGAAGAAGCAGAAAAGUAUGGCUCCCCUCAAUAUUGUGAGAGGGACAUAAUAAUACCUUGUGAAGAAGCUGCUGAAAAUAUUGCUCUUCGAAAAGCUGUAAUAGGUUCAGAACCACAAUGUAUUAGUACGGAAGGCUCUCAAACUUCUUCAGAAUCAACAACAAAAGGUGAUCCUGUUCUUCAAGUGCUGAAAAACCGUAUCAAGGAAUUAGAAUCUAGAUUAGAAAACAAAGAUGAAAUUUACAAAUGUUUAAUUUGUAUGGAGAGGUAUCAAACACCAGUAACAUCUGUGUGUUGUUGGCAUGUCCACUGUGAGAAGUGUUGGUUGCUUACAUUAGGUGCCAAAAAACUCUGUCCACAAUGCAAUAUGAUUACAUCAGCAGGUGAUUUAAGAAAAAUUUAUAUGUAAAGACAUUUAUCAUCAAAUUUGAGAUAUGAUCAUAUAUGAAAUAUAUGAUCAUAUUUUCAUAAAUGCAUUUUAAAGCUAAAUUUCAAAUUAUUAUUUCUUUUUCUAGUAGCUAUAGGGAUAUACAAAUCCAGUUAAUUUGCUCAUAAAAUCUUGGCUAAUAUUUGAUAGUGAACCCAAGUCUUAAGGCAAAAAUAACAGAGCUAGAAAUUAUAAAAAACACCUGUAAAAUAGCAUAUAAUUUUGUAUUUUAAAUUAACAUUUGAAAAUCUUGCAUAAGAACUGUAGGAAACAUUUAAAGCAAGCUAUAAUAUUUUGACAACAGGUGCUUUUGGGAUUAAUUUAAUUUGAUACAUUACUGUGGAACUUAAAUGAGUUAAUCUUUACCCUAAAGUAGAAAAUAAAUAGUCCUUAUUCUUUAUUCAUGAAAUUUAUCAAUUUAUAUUUUCUGUUCUAUUAAAGUCAACUUCCAGAUUACAUUAAAACAUUAUCUAAACCAACAGCUUCUUAGCCGAACACUGCUAUAGUGUUUUUAUGAAUCACAAAGAGGACAUGACAUGAUAAAAAAAAAUUCUUCAGUCAAAUCUUAAAAUGAUGAAAAACACUGAAUAAUUUAAUGUCAAAAUGAAGUGCCUUUUAGCAGGGGCAGCACACAACUCAACAACUGUUGAAGGCUACUGACCAUAUGCAAGAGAAGUAUUUGCUUAAGCUAUUAGAAGCUUUUGUCCAUUUCAGCCAAUAAAUGCAUAGUGAAUGUGAAGUCUGUGUAAAUAUCAUUCAUGUCACUGAUUACUAGAUAUAUCUUCUAUUAGUUCAACAGAAAAAAUUUGAUUUAAGGGUGUGAAAAUAAUAGCACAAAAUAUAUUUCACAUUGAAGCUAAGGACUUUUAAAUAAAUAUUCAUGUUGCAAGAAUUAUAGCUCUGCUUAUCAUAAGGACUUCUUAAUUAUUGUUUUUUUUGUUAUAUAUGUUUUCUUGCAUUUUUCAUUUUGUGAAUAUAAAGCUAUUAAACUUGUAGAAUUUAGUGUAAUUAGAAUAUCUAUUGUCAAAAUAUAUUAAGAUUGACAUGUAAAUGGUAUUUAUUUAAAAAAAUUACACUGUCUAGAUAUCAAUUGAAAACCUUGUUUAGAUAUCAAUUAAAAAAGGUAAUAACAUUUCUACUUGAAACUUCUAUGUUUAUGUAUACAUUAGUAUAUCAAUUAUUGUAAUUAGAGUUUCAUUAUUAAAUAAAAAAAUUUUACACACACUAAAUAUGAUGCAUAGUCAUGCGAUACUAAAAAAUAAAAUUAAUUUAAUUGCAACUAGGGGUGUGUGUAGUUUCAUUUUGAUCUGAUCUAAACAUUGUAAAAAAAAAAUGAUUCCAGUUUUGUUAAUGUGGCUGACUUUCUAAAAUUUAACAAAGGUCCAAAGUGAGUCUGAAGAAACGGCUGGUUAUUAAGAAGCCUUUAACAAAGGCACAAAUAAGGGUCUUUAUUUAUUAAACUUGUACAAAAUGUAAUUUUUGUGUUCAUAAAUUUUUUUGAGAAUUGUUCAUUAUGCAUUUGCAAUGUAAUGUUCAUUGUAAAGUUUUCAGGUAUUUAGUGGGUUAGUUAUAAUAAUUACAUGUUAAUUAUUAUUAGUUAUAGUAUUAGUAAGAGAAUCUUAAUUUGUUUUUGUACAGAAUAUACAAUAUAUUUUCUAAGUAAAUA